AUGGAGACAGGAAUGGAUUUUAUACACAGCUCUGGAGUCCAAAUAACUCACUACCUGCAGGAGAACUACCAGGGCUCCCAGGGCUGGUUCCUCUUCAUCUCCUUCGCUGCCGACCUCAGAAACACCUUCUUCAUCCUCUUCCCCAUCUGGUUCCACCUCUGCGAGGCGGUGGGCGUCGAGCUGAUCUGGGUGGCCGUGAUCGGGGACUGGCUCAACCUGGUCUUUAAGUGGAUUCUCUUUGGGCAGCGACCCUACUGGUGGGUCCAUGAGACUGGCUACUAUGGCAACACCUCCACCCCUGUGAUCCAGCAGUUCCCUGUCACCUGUGAGAACGGGCCAGGCAGCCCCUCUGGCCAUGCCAUGGGCUCAGCUGGAGUGUACUAUGUGAUGGUGAUGGCUCUGCUUAGCACCCCGUGUCGGCGCCGGAGAUCCCCCUUCCAGCAGCAGUGCCUGCGGGGGGCGUUGUGGGUGUCAUUCUGGGGGGUUCAGGUGUCUGUCAGUCUGUCCAGGAUCUUCCUAGCAGCUCACUUCCCACACCAAGUCAUCAUGGGCGUCGUUUCAGGCAUGGCAGUGGCUGAAACUUUCCGGCACAUCCCCUCCAUCUAUAAUGCCAGUCUCCGGAGGUACCUGGGCACCACCCUCUUCCUGUUCAGCUUCACCCUGGGGUUCUACCUGCUGCUGAAGGCUCUCGGUGUUGACCUGCUGUGGUCAGUGGAGAAAGCCAAGAGGUGGUGUGACCGGCCAGAGUGGGUCCACAUUGAUACCACCCCCUUUGCCGGCCUCCUCAGGAACCUGGGCAUCCUGUUUGGGCUGGGGCUGGCCCUCAACUCCCAGAUGUACCUGGAGAGCUGCAAAGGGAAAAUGGGCCAGCAGCUGCCCUUCCGCCUGAGCUGCAUCGCAGCCUCACUCAUCGUCCUGCACCUCUUCGACUCCUUCAAGCCUCCCACCAAGGUGGAGUUGCUGUUUUACGUCCUGUCCUUCUGCAAGAGCGCGACCGUGCCCGUGGCUGCUGCUGGCCUCAUCCCCUACUGUGUUGCCCGGCUCAUCAGAAGGCAGGAGGAAAAGGUUUUAUGA